CCCGCCCCCGGCCCUGCCCAAUCCUAGGCGCGGCGGGCUCGCGAGUCCAAGCCGGGAGAGCUAGGAAGCGUUCAGAAGCCAAGUCAUGGAUCCACCUGCCCGCAAAGAAAAAUCCAAAGUUAAAGAACCUGUCAGCAGAGUGGAGAAGGCCAAGCAGAAAUCAGCCCAGCAGGAGCUGAAGCAAAGACAAAGAGCAGAGAUCUAUGCCCUCAACCGAGUCAUGACAGAGCUGGAGCAGCAGCAGUUCGAUGAGUUCUGUAAACAGAUGCAGCCUCCCGGAGAGUGAGCCACCCGUGUCCAAACGACACGGCCCCCGGAGGCUGUGCAGGUCAGCUUGUUGCCAGUUUUAGGCUGAGCCGGUCCACUUGGAACCUUACAGAACCAGACAAGACGACAUCUGGGUUCUUCCUAAAACUGGAUAAAUGUGAACUUCCUGUGUGUGACUCCUGCUUCACUGGUUACUCCCGUCUGAAUUGGCCCGAUGCUUGCUGAAGAGACUUGUUUUAUUCUUCUAAGACACUAGACCCUAGAUUUUUUUUUUUUAACUUUUUUCUAUUGUUUGAGAAAAAAAUCAGUGUUUCUCGUGAAACUGUAGAUCUUCUCCAAAAAUAUAAAUAAAAGACUGAUAAAAUGUU